AUGGGAAAUGCAUGGUUGGAGGGGUUGUACACAGAGAGGUCUUUUUGGGUACCAGUUUUUCUGAAAGGUGUAUUUUGGGCUGGUAUGAGCACUACCCAGCGGUCUGAAAGCAUGAACGCCUUCUUCGACAGAUAUGUACAUUCCGGCACGACGUUAAAAGAAUUUGUCGAUCAAUAUGACAAUGCUUUGAGAAAGAAGGUGGAGACGGAGACAGCAGCUGAUUUCCAGUCUUGUAACCAAACGAUCCCAUGUGUUUCGUCAUUCAAAAUUGAGAGACAGUUUCAAGAUCUUUACACAAAUGCUAAAUUUAAAGAGGUUCAAUCUGAGGUUUGGGGGAUGCUUUUAUGUAACCCUUCGCUUGUCAGCACACAAGGCAGCAUUUCCACUUUCAAUGUGCUGGAAGAAAUGAACACCCCCGAUGGACAAACCAAAAUUGUGAAAUACAUCGUUUACUUGAAUGAAGAGGAAUUCGAAGUUAAAUGUACUUGUGCCCUGUUUGAAAUGAGGGGGGUUAUCUGUAGGCAUGUAUUUAAAGUCUGUCAACUGAAGUACAUUCAUCAUGUGCCAAAUAAAUAUGUCUUAGAUCGAUGGAGGAAAGACAUAAAGAGAUCUUACAAGCUUGUUAAGAGUAGCUAUGAUGAUUGUACAGGAAAUGACCUUGUUGUUAAACGAUGUCUAAGAUUUGUGAGACGUGUACCAUGGAAUGAUGAGCAUGUUACUGCUUUCUUUCAUCUGUUGGAAGAGUUUGAGCAGAAGGUUGUGGGAUUACAGGCUGAGUUAGGAUCAACGAGGUUGGUUAAGAAUGUCGAUGCCGAUAGAGGUAAGAAAAUAUUAAGUCCACAUGUUGUUCGUGGGAAGGGGAGACCGCCAACUCGAAGAAAGGUCCCAAUGGUCGAGAAGGCUGGAAGGAAGCGAAAGAAGAAAGAGAAGCUUGCGUUGGCCUCCACUGUGCAUAGCAGUAUAUCUGGAAACCAGAUUUUAGUUUUUGCUACAGAUUGUUCUGUUAUUGUUCCUUGA